AUGGAGUCAAUGGUGCUUGACGUCGUUGAUCCUGUGCUAGCCAACCUCCACACGAGCAGAACGGCCGAUGGGCAAGCAAUGUGGGGAAUUCAGGAGGGAGUGGAUGACGGAGAUCCAGGCAAGGUGUUCACGGUCGAUCCCAGGACGGGACAAAUACCGCAUCAGAUGGUCCAGGUUCUUGCACGCGCAAGCGCAACAGCAUUAUUAAAUGCGGUCGUCCCUCCCCCGCACGUCUCCCAUGGUGGUCGUCCGGCGCAUACCGAGGUACCCGUGGAAAUCUGGCAGUCGAUCUUCAAGGACCUGCCGCAAGCCGACCUCGUCAACCUUUCCCGGGUGUCCCGUUACAUCGGGGCGGUAUCAGAGACUAUCCUCUACCAGAGAGCAACACUCGCACCUCUGGACGUCGCGAGCUGGACGGCGGCGGUGUCGCGAUCAGUGGUGUAUCAUCGAGCCACAGCUGUACAAUCACUCACAAUUUCUCUGGAAGGGUUGACUGGGCUCUGCGAGUCGGCCAACGCCCUGCUCCGCCUCGCCGGUGCGCUUUCCUCGCUCCCCGACCUGAGGGAGCUCACGAUAUCGGGAGCAAAGCCACACAAGGAUGCCGUCCGGGACAUCCUCCCCGGAAUCACAUUCUCGCGGCUGCAGCGGUUCGUGUGCGAUUCCGACGCCGUCGUCCUCGCGUGUUGGCCCGCGCUCGCUGUACAAUCCGAACUUGAAGAGUUCCGCGGGCUAUACGACUACAAUGGGUACAUUCCAUUCGACAUGACGCCGGGAGUGUGGCCGAAUCUGCGCAUUUUGGACGCGGGGGCGUCCUUUGUCGAGCGCAUCACCGACGGGAGCAAGGUGACCUGCUUGUCAGUCCAUGUGCCGCGCGCGACCGCGACGAACAUCCUGGCCCGCAUCACGCGAAAGCUCGGGGACCAACUGAUCACGCUGCGGGUGGUCCGCACGAUUCUCUGCCCGCACAGCGGCGGGAGCGACUUGGCGCCAGCGGGCAGCGACCCUUACUGGGAGUCCGACUCCCCUGUGGUCCUAUGUGCUGCUCUGCGCGCACCAGUGCUGAAAUUGUUUGAGCUCAGGGACCAACUACCUGCGGAAGAGGAAUGGUCCACGGACAUCGACACGCUGCGGGAACGGCGCGCAUUUGGCCCCGAGUUCCGCGCAGCCCAGAGAAGAGAGCGCACGCCCGCGUUGAAGACCGUCAUAUGGCGGCCAGUAUGGGCGGACGCCGCACGCCUCUUCCCGGUGAUAGCGCGCGAUCACGUUAUGGACAUGUUCGAGCUGCUGCCGGUGAGCGGCGUAGCGAUGCCGUUGGUACGGCGCAUCCGCAAUACCGCGGGCGCAAAGGGAGACGGGUGGAGUUUCUACGAGAGAAAGGAGAGGGGGACGGAGACGCCGCGUCCGCCGUCGUGGUGGGAGGGUGCAGGGACGGUUGUCCGAAAGGAUGAAUACACCGAGCUCGAGGUUUUGUGGGCCAGGAAGAAGUAG